AUGGACAAUCUCGGGAGCGACAUGCUGCUGGAUUCCGACUACGACGAAAAACAUUUGACGCCCACCGAAGAUGAUAAUGACAACGUUGCCAUAAUCUCGCCCGACGACGCAGACAGCAUGGUGGACGAUACAGAUACCGCAUCCGAGGCGGCACCGCCACGCGCGGACAACUGGGAGGCAAUGCGCGACCGAUUCCUGCCCAUCGUCCCGGACUACGAGACGGCAGACGAACAGGUACAUUCAUGGGAUAUCACAGACUGGAGGAGCCUGCCGAAGCGAUCACAUGGGCCUGUUUUCCAUUGUGGCGGUCAUCCAUGGCGCGUGCUAUUCUUCCCAGCGGRCAAUGCGGCGCAAGAGAGCGUGUCAUUCUACCUAGAACAGGGCUUCGGCGACGACAAGCCACCGGACAAGUGGUAUGCCUGCGCGCAGUUCAUGCUGGUCCUGUCGAAUCCAAACGAUCCGUCCAUCUAUAUCCAUCACGAGGCUAACCACCGGUUUACGGCUGAAGAAGGAGAUUGGGGAUUCACAAGGUUUGCGGAGAAGAACCGCAUUUUUGCAUCAAAGUUCGACAACUUCGACAGGCCAUUGGUGGAAAACGACUGCGCCCGGGUCACGGCAUAUGUACGAGUUCUCAAGGAUCCCACAGGCGUGCUAUGGCACAACUUCAUCAACUACGACAGCAAAACUGAGACCGGCAUGGUCGGUCUACGCAACCAGGGCGCCACAUGCUAUCUAAACUCUCUGCUGCAAUCGUUGUACCUGACUGGCGCGUUCCGCAAGGCAGUCUACCAAAUUCCAACGGAGACUCCGCAGGAUAGGGAGGCUUCAUCGUCUGCGUAUGCUCUGCAACGGCUGUUCUACCGCUUGCAGGCAGACCAGGUCGCAGUGGGAACUCAAGAGCUUACAGUGUCCUUUGGWUGGGAGAGCCGCCAGAUCUUCGAGCAACAAGACGUGCAGGAGCUGUCCCGARUCCUCAUGGAGAAGCUCGAGGCUCGUAUGAAAGGAACCGAAGCUGAGAAUGCGCUUCCCAACAUGUUCGUUGGCAAAAUGAAGACGUACCUCAGAUGCAUCAACGUGGAGUAUGAAAGCAGUCGUAUCGAGGACUUCUGGGACCUGCAGCUGAACGUCUCUGGCUGCAGGAGCAUGGACGAGAGUUUCAAGAACUACGUCGAAGUCGAGACGCUCGAAGGGGACAAUAAGUAUGCUGCCGAGGGUUAUGGAUUGCAGGAUGCCAAGAAAGGCGUCAUCUUCGAGAGCUUUCCAAACGUGCUGCACUUGCAGCUCAAACGCUUCGAAUACGACUUCCAGAGAGAUGCCAUGAUGAAGGUAAAUGAUCGUUACGAAUUUCCCGAGAUCUGGGAUGCCUCUCCGUACCUGGACGAUACCGCGGACAAGUCGGAGCCAUAUAUUUACCAUCUGCACGGYGUGCUGGUCCACUCCGGAGAUCUCAAUGCCGGCCAUUACUACGCUUUCCUGAAGCCAAACAAGGGUGGUGAUUUCUUCCGGUUUGACGAUGAUCGUGUUACGCGCGCGACCAAACGCGAGGCGAUUGAUGACAACUUUGGAGGUGACUACUCCGCAACCACUGGGGCCAAGGGUGGUCACAAUCCCUACACACGUCAGUGGUCGACGAAACGCAGUAACAAUGCGUACAUGUUGGUGUACAUUCGGGAAAGUCGGCUCGAUGAAAUCCUGCUGUCGGAGGAGGAUGUCAAGCCGCCAGCCCAUCUCCCCACGAAGAUCAUGGAAGAACGCGCACUUGCUGAACGCAGACGCAAGGAGAAGGAGGAGGCUCAUCUCUACAUGUCCGUUCUGGUCGCUACGGAAGAGAAUUUCAAGUCGUAUCAGGGUGUGGAUCUGGUUCCAUGGUCAAGUGAUGAUGCAGAAGACCCUGCCACUCCCACAACCCACAGGAUGUUGAGAAGCAUGACAGUUGCGGAGUUUACCCAUAGUAUUGCGCAACAUCUUGGAAAAGAAGCAGAUCUGCUACGGCCAUGGAUAAUGGUCAACCGCCAGAACGGUACCGUUCGUCCUGAUCAGCCACUGAGUUGGCAGGAAAUGACGCUGCAAGAGGCUGCCGACAAGUUUAGCACACGGACAUCGCCUUUCCGAGUUUUCAUGGAAGAGACCACACGCGACGAUCAGGGUCAGCCGAUCUGGCCUCCGGACGACCUACCAGCAUCCCCAGGAAGCGUUCAAGCGUCGCAACCACACCACCCAAUCAUUCUGUUCUUGAAACACUUCGAUGUCGAUCGACAGCAGCUGCAAGGCAUAGGCCAUGUCUACAUGAGUCCACUGGACCGGGCGUGCGAUGUUGCUCCUCGCAUUCUUGACAUGAUGGGAUGGGAAUCGGGCAGUGUGGACCUUGAGCUCUUUGAGGAGAUCAAGCAAAAUYACAUCGAGCCCAUGAAACCAAAAAACACGCUGAUCAACUCCGAGAUUCAAGACGGCGACAUUCUGGUUUUCCAGCGCCACCUCGACGACGCGGACGCCGCUACACUCAAGCAAAAGAAUCCCACGGCUUGCCAAUCUACACCUCUGUUCUACGACUUCCUCAUGAACCGCUUGUUUGUGAACUUCACACCCAAGAACAUACCGGCACCGAAUCUCCAAUUCGUGAAGGAAGGCGUUGAGCAAUUCAGCCUAGCUUUGUCGAAGAAGGACACAUAUGAUGUACUUGCACACAAAGUGGCCGACUACCUAUCAUCGWUCAACGCAAAUCCUGUGGAUCCGUCACACGUUCGAUUCUCUACCACCCACGCGCAAAGUGGCAAGCCGAAAAAUCCCAUCAAGAAGACACAAGGAACAACGGUGAACACGAUACUUUUCGGCUCCAGCGGCUAUGGCGGGUAUAGCUAUGCGCCGGCCCAUGCGACCGACCACCUCUUCUAUGAAGUCUUGGAUAUCAGCCUCUCUGAUCUAGAACAACUCAAGAGCAUCAAGAUUGUAUGGCUUACCGAAGGCAUCACCAAGGAAGAGCCUACGGAGGUCCUGGUUCCCAAGCAAUCGCAAUUCUCAUACGUUCUUGAUGCGCUACACAAGAAGCUCGAAUUGCCCGAUGAGAUUCUCGACCAAAUCCGGUUCUACGAAGUUCAUAGCUCCAAGGUGUACAAGAUCCUUCCCCUGACACAUGGCGUGAAUGCACUCAACGAGUUCAUGGCUGUAUACGCGGAACGAACACCCGAAGAGGAGCUCRCAAUCAACAAGGAGAACGGAGAUCGGCUGCUGUAUUGCUUCCACUUUGAGAAAGAGCCGUCAAAGCCACACGCUACGCCAUUCAUCUUCUUGUUGAAGGCUGGUGAGAUCUUCAAGGAUACAAAGGAGCGGCUUUCGAAGCGAACUGGGAUCAAGGGCAAGAGCUUCGAAAAGAUCAGGUUUGCUGUGAUCAAGAACGGUCAGAACUACAGCAAGCCUGUGUGGGUUGAAGAUGACGAUAUUUUGUCCGACAAACUUGGGCCUGACGACCAUCUGGGACUAGAACACCCUAACAAGGCGCGAAAUGACUGGAUCAAGUAUCAGAGCUUGAACAUCCGAUAA